CGCGUGCGCAAAGGAAAGCAAACUGUACCUUUGAACCGCACCGUGCGGACGUGCAGAGUAGGAUCGGCAAACGCUUUAUGUCAUGUCAUGUCAAACGCUUUAAAAAUGGUAACAUUAGCGGACUCAUUAUGCAUAAGAAUAGAAGAAAAUAAAACGAUAGCUCCAUUGCGCGAAGAGAAGAGAAGCAAGAAGAGGGACCUAUUCGACAAGAGACGUGCAAAGGAACAAGACCAAAAGGUGAAUCUCCAUCCUCAGGAGCGCCGUGGCUCCAAGUGGCACCAGCUGCACGGCCAUCCUCUCAACUUGAGCGCGGGUGAGCAUGGCCAUAGCAGCCAUCAGCAUCAGCAUCAUCAUCAGCAUCAUUUCGCCAAGAAGAACCUGCCUCCUCCUUCUCUAUAUCCUGCUUUGCCGAGGAAGGCACCUGAGCAUCAUCCCAAGCAAGGACAUUUGUCUUCCCAACCAACUAGCCUCUUCACUUUCACACUUGCAAAACAAUCAGAGUGCAAAGUUUCAACGAGGGACGGUCACUUGAAGGUGAAGAUUAAGAAAGAAAACACCUUAGCCAAGGUGGGACUUGCAGAAGUAAAGAGCAAUACAGAGUCCAAGUGCCACAAAGUCAAUGUGACAUCUCUGACACUGGAGAACUCCAUCCGAAAGAAGAAGAAAAAGAGGCACCGUGAGGAGGAGCACAGCUGCAAAAAGAUCCCGCAGAUGAGCAACAAAUCUGUUCAAACAAUAUGCGCGGAGUCGGGACUGGGUUCAUUUCACUCCGAUCGGGCCUCAUGUGGCAACUUCAAGCAAGAACAUCAUGACCAGCCAGGCAGAGACCCUCCAAACCAUUCUCUCACCCCCUUUCUAUCUCAUCAAGACCAAUACAUCCGCAGAUCCUUCCUGCAAACAGGCUCCUACGGUCGCUUUAUGCACGAGGAAAGGCAAGCCAACGGCGGAGCGUCGGUUCUGCACGCUUACGCCGACGAGCUGGCCUGCCUCAGUCCAGCUCAGAUGGAGUGCUUCUCCCAGGAAUUCCUUCGGAUGGCUUUUGCCGAGAAGCAAAGCGGCGCUGCCUCGUACGCCUUAGCGGUGGUGCACGGUGCGGCCGCCUUCCUACCGGAUUUCCUCGACUACUUUGCCUUUAACUUCCCCAACACGCCGGUCAAAAUGGAGAUGCUGGGCAAGAAAGACAUUGAAACGACCACAAUUGACAACUUUCGCUCUCAGGUCAAACGUACAUACAGUUGCGGAACUUACCGGGCCGGACCCAUGAGGCAAAUCAGCUUGGUGGGAGCCGUAGACGAGGAAGUGGGAGACUAUUUCCCAGAAUUCCUUGACAUGUUGGAGGAAUCGCCAUUACUAAAGAUGACCCUUCCGUGGGGAAGCCUCUCCAGUCUGAAGCUGGACUGCCGCUCACAGAGUGACGACGGGCCCAUAAUGUGGGUCAGACCCGGAGAACAAAUGGUGCCAACUGCCGACGGGUCCAGUUCAACUUUGAAACGUCGCAGGUCCAUGAAUGAGAUCAAAAAUUUGCACUACCUGCCGAGAGCAAGCGAACCCAGAGAGGUUCUGUUUGAGGAUCGCACCAAGGCCCAUGCUGACCACGUGGGCCAGAGCUCAGACUGGCAAAGUACUGCUGCUGUGGGAGUGCUGAAAGCUGUGCACUUUGGUGAAAGGAAUAAUCGCCCUCGUGUCACCAAAGAUGUUGUGUGUUUCCAUGCGGGUGACUUCAAUGAGGUUGUGCAACAACUGCAGCUGGAUCUGUUCGAGCCUCCGGUUUCUCAGUGUGUUCAGUGGUUGGAUGAUGCCAAGCUCAACCAGUUGAGAAGAGAAGGCAUCCGUUACAUCCGCUCCCAGCUCUGCGACGACGACAUUUAUUUCAUUCCACGGAACGUCAUCCACCAGUUCAAAACGGUGUCGGCGGUCUGCAGCCUGGCCUGGCACAUCCGCCUCAAACAUUACCAGAAGGAUGAGAAGGCCAAAGAGCAGCUGAGACCCAGCGAUCUUAGCUCCUUUUCAGGCCACAUCUCGUCCAGCCUGGCCAAGUUUGCCACCCCCGUUGUCCGACCACAAGGUGGGUUUCCCAAGACUGAAGAACGGGUCUUAAAAAAGCCAGCCACACCCUCGAAAAAGCCUCUUCCGCCGCCACUAAAGUCAGUGGAAUCCUCUUGCUUACCUCACCGUGUAAGACAAUUUCCACUUUGACUUGGUACCGGUCCAUUGGGAUUACUUUAAAUGAGACGAUCUUCCAUUGAACAACACUGUAUACUUCAAAUCAAAUAUAUGAGGGCAAUUUUGAGCAUUUUAAUAUAUUUGAUUUGAUUGUGGGCAACACGGUGUUGUAGUACAGAAGAGGUCAUCGGCCUUCCCGUGUGGCAUUUUCGUGUUUGCCACGUUUGUGUUUUCUCCUGGUACUUUCUACUGGUACGCAUUUGAAAUUAGACGCAUCUUAAUCGACAACUAUAAACUGUCCAUAGGUGUGAAGACGAUUGGGAUUGGAUUUUACAAUGAAUCGUAAGGGUUUUUUUGCAUUUUGAGAUGGCUGUAUUUAUCUUUAUUUAUUUUACACUAGCACUUGAAUUUUUUGGGGACGUUUUAUACUUUUGACCCAACUCUUUAAUAUUUAAUUUGUCUAUUGAUCGAAAUAAAUGUGUAUUUUAUAUCUA